AUCCUCCUCCUCCUCCCUCCUCCUCUUCCCUCUAUCACCUCUUCGACCUCUCUCUCUCUCUCUCUCUCUCGUUUCUUCUCAUGGACCCCCAUCUCUCCAUUCUCUGAUUAGGUGGGGGAUCCUCGGAAUUUUUGCAAUGGCAAUGACCACGGAGACGAACUUGUUGUUGGAGUUGGCCCUUCUCUCUGGCCCUAUCUCCGUCGCGGUCCUCGUCGGUCUCCUCCUCGGAUGGGCUUGGAAACCUAAAUGGGCGGUUGAUCUUGUGGGUGGCCUUCAACAACCCACGGGUCUUCCGAGAUUGGAUUCCGUGAAGCCCCAUUUGCCCAGCUUCAUUGCUUCCUUCAUCCCCGACAAGGUCGAGCCUACGGAGUUUCCUCCUCGUUCGACGGAGAUGGGAUUGGGGAGUAGGAAGCUGGCUGUUAUGGAUGAUGAUUUGGAGUACCUUCACCGGCUGGUCGAGCUUACGGAUGGUGGUCCUGUUUGGCUGCCGAUGAUGGAGCGAUCUCUGCCAAGCUUUAGCUACCAAGCGUGGCGACGGGAUCCUGAGUCAGGGCCUCCACAGUAUCGCAGUAAGACUAUUUUUGAAGAUGCUACGCCUGAGAUAGUUAGGGACCUCUUUUGGGAUGAUGAGUUCCGGCUGUCAAAUAAGUGGGAUGACAUGCUUAUUUAUCAUUCUACUUUGGAGGAAUGUCCAACAACAGGGACUAUGGUAGUUCAUUGGGUUAGGAAGUUUCCUUUCUUCUGCAGUGAUAGGGAAUAUAUCAUUGGGCGUCGCAUUUGGAAGUUUGGGAAUACAUACUAUUGUGUGACAAAGGGAGAACCAAAUGCAUCUGUACCUAGACGGAACAAACCUAGGCGUGUUGAUUUAUAUUAUUCUAGCUGGUGCAUUCGCCCUGCUGAAUCAAUUAGAGGGAAUGGUCAGCGCACAGCUUGUGAGGUACUCCUAUUUCAUUAUGAGGACAUGGGUAUUCCAUGGGAGAUAGCGAAGCUGGGAGUUCGACAAGGAAUGUGGGGUUGUGUCAAAAAGAUAGAACCUGGCCUUCGGGCCUACCAGAUUGCUAGAAGAUCUAGCAAACCGCUCUCCCGCUGUGGAACUAUGGCGCAAAUCAAUACUUCAAUCAAUGCAAAUUAUUUUAGUUCAUUGGAAGACAACAAUGGUUCAUCGGAUAUAAUAGGGACAGAUGAGAAACCAUCAGGAAGGAACAUACCCAGGCUUAUUGUGGUUGGUGGGGCUAUUGCACUUGCUUGCACGCUUGAUGGAGGCCUGCUAACUAAAGCUAUAAUAUUUGGAGUUGCCCGAAGAUUUGCAUGGCCACGAAGGGCAAUGUGAUCAUACCCUUAAGUUCUAACACAAUCUUUCAGAGAAUCCCUCUGUAAAAUGUGUUCCCCUUCAGCGGCUGUUUCAAUGAAAAUAUGAUUCUACCGAGCAUUUUUCCCCCCGGAAAAUCUGAAAUGUAUUGCAUAAAAUGGCUUCUGUAUAUUUGUGUUUUUGCAUCAAGAGGAAAUUUUUUUUUUUCAUUGUACCUUAUGCCAUAUUUAUUUUGCCUUUUAUGUUUUCAACUGAUCCUUGUUGCUAUUUUCUGGGAAGCUGAUGCUUGUGCUGAAGUGUCAUAAUAUAAGGUGAGCACAUCAUACUUAUUUGCA